GGUGUACCCUGCCUUUCGCUCGUAGUCAGCUGGGAUAGGCUCCAGCUUGCCUGCGACCCUGUAGAACAGGAUAAAGCAGCUAGAGAUAAUGAGAUGAGAGUUACACUAAUGCAGAUCAUCGCCGCCUCAUGCAUCAUCAAAAUUUGUCUCACUGCCCCCUUUCCUAUGUCACAACGUCACUGCCUGGGUCAGCGUAUGGUCAGCGUGACUGCGUAUAUUUUAUACGGGGGUGCCUUGAGAAUUUGCAUAUUUCUGAAGGGUGCCGUGACUGAAAAAAGGUUGAGAAACGCUGAUGUAGAACAUGAGGUACCAGAACACCAAGUGAGAGAUGAUCCAACAAGAGGACUGGGAAGGAAAGGGUUAGAACACAAGAUCUAACACAAAAUAUAUUAUGCCAUUUAAACAACAAAACAUGAAUACAACAACCUGAGAUUGAUGAAAAAUUGGGCUUUGCCCAGUAACCCAGAUUACUCCAGAACACAAUGAUGUCAUCUGCAGUCUCCUCCUGAUUUGCUCUACUCAUCUGUGUCAGUUUGGUGUCCUUUAGAAGUCCAAGAAUGCCAUUAUGGCAAAGGGUUUUGUGAUCAGUGGUCCAACAAGUUUCAGAAACGUCUCCUUUUUUUAAAACACCAACGCCUUUUGAGAAUCUUGUUCUGUCCCAUCCAGUUUUGUUUACUACUUUUAAGAAAUGACCUCAAAAUCAGCUGCCUUCUUUCACUAUUUGCAUGAUGUGUGAGUGCAUGUGACUGUGUGUCGCUGACCAUGAGCGUGCUAUGAUUAAGCUACCAGUUGGUCAUCAUAGAACUGAGCAGCUUGUAUUUUUGGAAGGGAGGUAAGAUAUAAAGAAUGCUCAUUCAUUCAAAUAAUUUUAUUAGUGUUACUUCACUUCAUUUAUUCUUACUAAAAGAAACAAAUCUGCAGAGGUGCCUGAAAUACAUUUGGGAAAGCAAGUACUAUGAAUGAGAGCGGGACCGGAUCAUGUUAUGAUCUGGCACAAAUAAAGUACUGACCUCCUCCGUAUCAUUCAUGCUGAUAACGUGGCACCCAGAUGACGUUUUGCUGCGUGCAGCACUGGGAUUUAAAGGAGAUUAACAGGGAGGGUAUUAGCAUUGUGCUUCCUUAAGUGGUUUAUGAUCAUAACCUUCAGACACAAGUGUAGUUUCAGUCGAGCUCAGUCCCAGAAUUCCUUAGCAACAUCUAGUGGGAAAACAAAUAUAAAACCAGCCCACACUUCUGUUGAGGAUAUCCAACAGCCCGAUGAGGUAUAAGUACAUCAUCGGUCAAGUCAUUACAGACGACAACUAGUUAAAAGUUGAACACUGCUGGACAGGAGGCUCGUGACUGAUAGCCUUUGCUGAGUAUAGAAUGAAUCAGUAUCAACAGCAGACUGGCCGGUCCAACCUAUACGCCGCUGUGAAGGCCGAGAGCUCACCAACUCCACCUCUCUCCACCAGCAUGGCCAAUAGCACUGCAGUUCCAGGGAAAGGUCUGGGAACCCAAGGGCCUGCUGGGAGAGUGAGUCCUGAGGGAACGCAGGUGCUCAGUAAGAAGAAAUUGCAGGACCUUGUGCGGGAAAUUGACCCCAAUGAGCAGCUUGAUGAAGAUGUCGAGGAGAUGUUGCUGCAAGUUGCUGAUGAUUUUAUAGAAAGUGUCGUGACUGCAGCCUGUCAGCUCGCCCGUCACCGCAAGUCUAACACUCUAGAAGUAAAGGAUGUGCAGUUGCACCUCGAGCGUCAGUGGAACAUGUGGAUCCCUGGCUUUGGCUCAGAUGAAAUCCGACCGUACAAAAAGGCGUGCACUACAGAAGCACACAAACAGAGAAUGGCACUGAUCCGAAAGACAACAAAAAAAUAGGAACGAAGAAGACUGACGUUUCUCUUGCUCUUCUUUUUUUUUGCUUUUUUUGAAAAGCAGGCUGAUGGAUGUGCUGGUAUCAAUGGCUUCUAAUGUUUCCCCUUUACAGAUGUCAGAGUCACUUGCCCAAACUGUUGUGUUUAACUGUAAUUUUUGUUUCGUUCUUGUUAUGAUAAUAGACUAUACUGCUAUACUACAGUAGAACUCAUAUGCUGCAUAAAAACAUAAUGAUUGGAUCAGCUCACUGUGGCCAUCCCCCCCCAGUCCAGUCAUUACAUACUCUUGUAUAUCUCAUUUAUGGAGACCAUAAUCUUCUUUUCUUUUUUUUUUCUUUUUUAAAUAAGAGUUUACUACCUGUAGUGGUAAAGAGUAAUUCUAAGCUCGGGGUGAGUUGAUAUGGCUGCCCUAUUCACCCAAGUAAAUUUGGACAUUAUUUAGAAAGGAAACCGAAUGAAGUUUGUGGCAUAAGAAGAAGAAUUUGGCAACAUUAACAUCGUCAUUGCUUGCUUCAGGUAUUUUUAGUUUGCAAUGUCUUUUGAAUUGUUGAGUGUGGUUUGUGUUUUUUGUUUUGUGUAAUGACUUCUCCACCCUCUUAAUGGCUCAUUCUAUGCCAAAUUAAGGUGCUAUUAUUUUUUUUUCUUCAGUAAAUUGUUAGAAUUUAAUUGUCCAGUGCAGUCAUUUUUUAACAAGACAUGUUCAACACUGAUCCUCAAGCAGCUUUUUGUAACAUGUGGGUUGCAUAAUUUUAAUUUGAUCCAAAAUUGCUAUUCAGUUCUAGCUAAUGUAGCUAGGCUUUCUUCAUCAUCAUGAUUAUUGUUCUUUAAUAAAUAUAAAAUGUUGUUUGCUUGGGCAAGUGAAUAUUAAUAUGCAUUACUGCAGAAUAGCUUACAGAAAUGCUUAGUAUUUGAUGGAUGGUAGUUGUGCUUGUUGUGUUGGUGUAUCGAGGCUUUCUGUAUUGGAGCUGUAUUGCGUUCCAUCAGGGAUUCACAUAUGCAGUACUUUUUCUUAGUACUUAAGUAACAUUUGGUCUUUUGCAGUUUUGCCCAUUAGAGUAAGUGUUCUACACGUUAGAAUUACUUUGUUGAGAAAAGCACCCGCCCCAGGGCAGAUAGUCCUGGCACCGUGCCAUGUGGUUUUGCAGUGUUUGGCGUAUGUAGUACUAAUGUAGGAUUUGUUUUCUCAGUACUGCCCUCAGUGUCGACAAAAUAAUCAGAGAAUUGUCAGAAGCCUUGUGUUAAUAGGGUUGGGAUGGAUUUUUGUGGGGUUUGUAAAUUUUUUUUUUUUUUUGGAUGAGUAUCAUGAUACUUUUAUAAGAUUCCCCCCCCCCCCCCCAAAAAAAAAUAAAAUUAUUUGAUUAUUUGCAUA